GCAAAGAGAGCCAUGCUGAAGUAUCUAGGAGAUGAGUGACGGACAAACGUAAAUGCUAUCUGAGUCAUGAAAGAACACUCAGACUAAAUGUAAACGCGUAUCACUAUGUCUUCCCUGCUGUCGAUCCUCAACGGGAAGACCUGGGCAACUUUACGAGGGAGGCUGCUUUUCCUCUUUUUAAUAGUCUCCAACCAUCAGACAACGUGCUCAAUGCUUGAAAGUCUGAUAGCGAAGCGCACAGAUUACUGGGAGGGCUGCAAUAGAACGCUCACAUCAAGCGCACGCUCCAAAACUGGAGUCUUCUGUCAGGGGACUUUUGACACAUUUGUGUGUUGGCCCCAUUCACCCCCCGGGAAUGUGUCCGUCCCUUGUCCUCCUUACUUACCGUGGAUAAGCAUGGCUGCAGACAACUCCAGGAUGGCACACAGAGAAUGCUUGGAAAAUGGAAGAUGGCGCCGAAAGGAAAAUUCCUCAGAGCCCUGGAGGGAUGACUCCGAAUGUCAGGGGGACCAUUAUUUUAAAGACAAGGAGGAGCAAAUGCUUCGGCAGACAGCCCUCCGAGUCGUUUCUAUCAUUGGCUAUUCACUCUCCCUGGCUUCCCUCAUGUUAGCGACGCUCCUUAUGGGCAUGUUGAGGAAGCUCCACUGUACCAGGAACUACAUUCACAUGAAUCUGUUUGUCUCAUUCAUCCUGAGAGCUAUUGCCGUCAUUUCUAAAGAAAUCGUAUUAUACAUCAUGUAUUCCAACCUACCCAAGGAUGACCCUGGAUGGAAGUCAUAUUCAAGUUCCCCGAUAGCUCUGAUGUGCAAAUUCUCCAAAGUGGCCAUGGAGUAUUUUGUGGCCUGUAACUAUUUCUGGCUUUUGGUGGAAGCUAUUUUCCUUCACACACUGCUCUUCACUGCUGUAUUGACCAAGCGGCGCCUAUUGAAGAAUUACAUGCUGUUAGGCUGGGGAAUGCCCGUCUUCUUUGUCACACCAUGGACAGUUGUUAAGAUUUUGUAUGAAAACACAGAGUGCUGGUCAAUUGUGAACAGAUGGUUCUGGUGGAUAAUAAAGGGCCCAAUCACUUUAGCAGUGUUAAUCAUUUUCUUCAUAUUCAUCAAGAUUCUGCUGCUGCUGCUGUCCAAGCUUAAAGCGGAUCAGGUGAAAUUUACUGACUACAGAUACAGUUUAGCCAGGGCAACACUGGUGCUGAUUCCUCUGCUGGGAAUUCACGAAGUGGUCUUCACACUGCUCGUCGAUGAGUGUAUGGAGGGAAGCAGUCGCUACACACGGGACUUCAUCAAUCUCACCAUCAGCUCUUUUCAGGGGUUCUUGGUUGGGGUGUUAUAUUGUUUCGCCAAUGGAGAGGUUCAAGCUGAGCUGAAGAAGCGCUGGCAGAUUUUCUUGUUCAACCACAAUUUCCAGUUCGUGAGCUGUUUUCACGGCGUGCCCCUCAAGCGCUUUUGGAAGUGCACAAGAAGGCGCCGCCCACAGUGCAAGCAAAGAAACUCCUGUGACGAGGGAGCGUCUUCAGCUUUCACUGUGCACCCACACCUGCUGCAGGUGGCCCUCCAAGGACGUGGCGGACUCCGUGGACAAAAAGAGGACAAAGGUCAGGGGAUUAAAGAAUGUGACCUGGCAGGUCUUGACUUUCUGACCAGGAAGAGUCUGUCCAGUAGUGAUGGGGAAAUAACGCUUGGAGAGACCAUGGAGGAGAUUCUAGAGGAGAGUGAGUUUUGAAUGGCCUUUAGUGUCUUUACCAGAGGAAUGCUGUAUCAAAACUCUUCUCUGAAAAUUUCCAAUGGUCCAAGUUUAAAGGACUUGUUUCAGUUCUCAAGCACUCACUAGAAAUUAUUUGUGUAUGUACAGUAUAGAUUGCCUCCAGACAACCAGUGACCCUAAUGGGGACAAGAUGGAGAGAAAGUGGACAUAUGUCGAAAAAAUGAUGCUAAAAAUUUCAGAUGGAAGAUGUAGGAAAUAUAAACACUGGUUCAAAUAACUGAAAUACACUUUCCGCGACAAAUGGAGGAAUGUUGAAUUACUCAAAAGUCAUGUGUAAAAAUAGCUGCUUUAGCUCACCCAUGACUGUUACACAAUUCUGUCAGUUUAUUUAAAUCACAUUUGAACAUGUAAUACAUUGUACAGAACUGCUUAAAUAGACCACUGAUAAAGUAAAUAUCCACAAGAAAAUACAUAUGGGUGGAAAUGAUUCUAUAAAUACAAUGUAUUUGUUGUUCUAAAUGUGAAUAUUGAGGUGUAAGGAAUGCCAAGCGUGCAGUAGAAAUGUCAUGUACUCUUUCUAGUUGUAGUGUUUAAUGUACAGUUAAAAGGUUUUCUCGAGCAGUAAAAACAUAAAUUGUAUCUACAGUCCCACAAUGGUGUACGUGCACAAAUAAAACACAAGUUUAACCAUCUCAGCUGAAAGCAGAGGUCGCACUCACUGUACAAUGUAUAAAUAACCUUUUGGAGCUCUCGUGGAAAACCUGCAUAAUCAAAUUGCAUUCAGUGCAAGAGCUCCAUGAAAAACUGUUGAUAACAAUCA